AUGGUGCAGAAGCUGACAACGAUGAUGGAUGCUAUUAUUUGUCAGAUAGCUAUGGACGCCUACAACAAAAGCCAAAUCACCAGCGAGCUUGUCUACUUUGUACCCUGCAAGAAAUUCCAACUACCAGACGCCGUCGGCAAAAUGUUCGACAAUCACUACAUCUCGAAGCUGAUUUUGAUCUCUGGUGACAUGCAGAAAAAAGAGAUGCACGAUCGAUACGACGUCACGCCGACUAAGGACAACGAGACGUUCUACAUAGAUCAGACCGUGACGAAGGAUGACGUCUCGGAUCAGCUGCAGCAUGAUUUGCCGGUUGAGAUUGGUACUGCUAGUACCACGAAACAGCCGAAGACGACAGCUACCGGACAGACGGAUAGCACGACGUCUGGAGCUACGGUGAAGACCACGGCGAAGACGAAGGCUACGAAGACUACGUCCCAAGCCAGUACUCAAACUAGUGGGACCACGGUGUCCCAGACGACAGUCGUUGUCGCUUCUAGUACGACUAAGAACCCGAAGACCACUGCUACGGCACAAACGGGCAGUACGACGCAACCGACAAGUACUGCCAAGACGAAGGCUACGAAAACUACUUCGAUUCCGACUACUCAAACUGGAGGAACCACUGCCACUGGCCCUUCGAGCACCACCAAGAAGCCGAAAACGACCACCACUACGCAGUCGGGCAGCACGACCACUGGAGCUACACUGCCAGCCACUGCCAAGACCAAGGCUUCGAAGACGACCACCAUGGCGACCUCCUUGGGUACCACUACCCCAGCAGUCAUCGUCCCGCACUGUUAUGCUUACUUUUUGAUAGAUGCCUCUACAUAUGGUAGCCCCUUUACAAAAUCUGAAACCCUCAUGAUACGAGCUGCAGCACAAAAUUUAUAUGUCUAUGCUGAAGUGAAAACACACGUCGGAUUCGGAGCGUAUGGAACUAUUGCCGGCGUGCCUAACGUGGAUCAGUUCUACGACGACGCAGAUACGCUGAAAAACGCCUUAGAUGGUUACGUUUUUGGCGAUCCAAAUGGAGAUGCGAAUGUUACCGAAGCCGUCGGUUAUCUGAACGACCUCGCGGCUUUCAACGACUUUGCUACGCUGGUCUUUACAGCUAGCCCAAUGAACGUCAUCGACGCAACGCCAGAAAACCGUCUAAAGAAUCAAACGAUCGGCUGUGCACUUGAAGAUCAGGACAUGAGCCACAUCGCCGUCCAGACCUACAGCCUAGCACAAAGUGCAGAUGCGGCUGCUAAGCUCAGAGAUAUCUGCCUUGGCUUGAAUGUAAUGACUACACCAAGUGGUCCUAAGACGACCACGAGGACGGCUAGCAGCUCGACGCAAACUAGCGUGCAAACCUCGGCUUCGGCGAGUUUUUCGAGCACCACUGUCAGCACCAGUAGCGGCACUCCUGGGACGAGUACCCCGACGGUCUCUACCAUGACGACUACUCCUGUGGCUACAACGUCGACAUCGAACUCGAGCCCCAGAUCUACGCCAACCACGACUCCUGCCGCUUCGCGCACAAGUCCAAGCAGUCUGGCUUCAACUGCCAGCAAUCCGCCUAUUUCAACAAGCACCGCUCCCAUCUCGACAGUCCCUAGUCACUCACCUUCAUCUCCAAGCUUCACGACUACGUCUGGGGCUCCCAUCACCUCAACAUCCCCUGCUGAGUCGACGUCAAUUUCGAGAGCGGGCACAUCUCCGAGCAGUCCCUUACAAAUGUCGAGCACGUCUCCCAGCACACCGUCUGUGACUACUACGGGUUCAAGAGCAAGCUCUUCCUCCCAAACUGGAAGUACGACAGUUAGCCUUCCUCAAUGCAAGGCCUUCUUUUUCAUCGAUGCUUCGAAGUAUGCCCACGACAUGACUUCCGAGGAAGUCACGCUUCUGAAGGCCAUGGCUUCGACACUUUACAACUACACUGAUAUUCAAUCGCACGUCGGGUUUUCCGCCUACGGAGACGGUGAUCGUGCGCCAGAAGUUGAUACAUUAUCCGACAGCCUCGAUGGGUUAGAGAAAGCUCUGGGACAAUUAGUAUUCUAUGACCCUGACGGCGACGCAAAUGUUUCCGAGGCCGUAGCUGAUCUGAACAAAAACGCAGACUUCGAUGGGUUUGCUGUCAUGAUUUUCACAAAUAGUCCGCAGCCGGUGAUUGAUGCCGCCCCGGAAAAUCACGUUUACACUCGAACCAUCGGAUUGGCCCUUUCGAGUCAGAACAUGGGCCACAUCGCGAUCAACUCUUUUGAUGGGGACCAGACCCAACAAGCAGCAGCCAUGCUCCGACAGAUCUGUCUGGGACUGGAUGUCACUACUACCCAGAGUGGCGCUACCAUCAUCAGGUCCGACCACGACAUCUCGCGGAGGAACGAGCAGCAGCACCUCAUCUAUCCAAACGACCUCCUAUGCGACAGUGUCUUCAGAAUCCACCCAGAGCACUGGAUUCACCGAAACUACAAGACCAACAACGAACUCUGGCUCGACAACUUACGCCAGUUCUGGGUCUACCAAACAGCAAUCCAUUACCUCGGUGGCGACAUCUGGAUUCACAAGUACUGCAACGAAUCAUCCAACAGUUUCGGGCACCUCGAGCCAAGAACAAACAGCGACGUCGACGACCGAGAACCACUCUCGUUCCACCGAAGCCUCUACGACUCAAAAUGUUCCCUCUUCGACCCUUCAAACAACAUUCACUACUGGAAGCUCAGAAUCCACCAUCAGCCACACGACAUCUCUCCCGUUGACUACCAGUGGUACCUCAACACCAAUGAGUUUUUCGUCGACGUCAAGUCUGGUGCCGUCUACUGGCAUUCAAACGAGUACCAGCGGCUCAACGCCUGGGCAUUCGGAAACGACAUCCGGAAGUACGCUCACGCCUCCAUCGACCAUUCCCUCGAUCGCUACGGAAGCUUCUUCUGGAUCCACGUUGAAAACGCAUUCUACACAAGGGAGCACGACCCCGUUGGUUGUGUCAAGCUCAGAAUCAACGAGACUGACUCCGUCAACUCCAACACCUGUGUCUACCGAGACAGCGAAAGCAUCUUCUGGCUCAACAUCUGGAGCAACGAGUCCGACAGAGCCAGGCACAACUCCAGCUUCCUCUGCAACACCGAAGGAGACGUCUGGCUCGACGUCAGCAUCAACUAUUACGGGUUCACCGCCAUCUACCGUCGUGGCUUCAAGUUCAAUUCGCUCAACGAACCAGAGCCCCUCUACCACGACGCCGACUUC